AUGACUUGUCCGUACGCAAGCUCGAGUCUUCAUGAUUCGAAAGUCAAUCAUCAACCAGAAACAUUGGAUUAUUCGACAUAUUUACGAACAGAUCUGCUUCUAUCUGCAUUGAAAUGCCAUAGCCAUACGGAUCCAUCGGAUAACAACAGCCCGCCUAUUCAUGACGAACACUUCUUUAUUCUGGUUCAUCAGGUGUUUGAAUUGUGGUUUAAGCAAAUUCUGUUCGAACUCGAUUCGAUUCGAGACAUGUUCAAUGAGUGUGAUCACGUAGUUUCGUCGAUGUUUAAUAUUAAUUUACGAUUGAAACGAAUAGUUAAUGUUUUUCAAGUAUUAAAUCAACAAUUUCAAUUGUUAGAAACGAUGACACCGAUUGAAUUUCUCGAAUUUCGAAUGUAUUUAACAUCUGGCAGUGGAUUUCAAAGUCUGCAGUUUCGUAUGAUCGAGAUUAAACUCGGCCUAACCGAUGCGUUCCGAAAUUUUUACAAAACGAAGUAUUUCGUUCAUACAAUGUUCAAAGGUGAACAAUCGACUCAACUGAAACAAGUUAUCAAUCAAGACUCGUUAUUAAUUCGACUGGAAAAAUGGUUAGAACAUAUCUACGAUACGACAUCAUUUAAUUUUCUGGAGGUAUUCACUUCGUCCGUCGAACGUUUUAUUGAACAUGAAAGAAAAGAAAAAACAAGUAAGGCGGAUGAUAUGAACACGGAGACAGUUGAAGGGCAAAUCGAAGCAUUGAAGCGGAAGUUUUCAACUAUGACCGAUUCGAUAGAAUACGAGAAGUUAUUGAAUACUAAUGAACGUCGAAUAAGUCACAAGGCGAUGCUCAGUGCAUUGAUGAUUUCAUUGUACCAUCAAGAACCGUGUUUUCAACAAGCUUAUCAGAUGCUUCAUUUACUCAUGGAUAUCGAUUCUCAGAUGAUCGAUUGGCGUCAGAAACAUAUUCUACUGGUGCAACGUCAAAUUGGUCGUAAACCAGGCACAGCGGGCACGGAUGGAAUCUUUUAUCUUCAGAAAACAAUGACUGAAAAAUACCAAGUCUUCGUUGAUUUGUUCAAUAUUUCGACCUAUUUAAUUCCUCAGAGAUACUUACCGAAGUUUACCAGUAAACCGAUUGAAUCAAAUUCAUCGUUGUCUUCGUCGACAAUUGAACCGCUACGAGAGGUGCCAAUCAUCACUCAGCGUCAGUUGUCAAUAAAAGAAGAAGAAAUGGAAGUCAUAAUAUUUUCUUUCUUAUUUUGUACAUGUGCACAAGCUGGGAAUAACGAUCGUGUCUUUCAUACAUAUGAUAAUAUUCUUACUCUCCAUUGGAAUUACGAUGCAUUAGAAUACGUGAUUAUUCGCGAUAAUCAGAUAUGGUUUGAAAGUGGUCCGUUUUUCGUCUAUUUUAAUAAGACGUAUUAUUCAUCUGCUCCUCAGCAAGAAUCGUUAGCCAUGUCGGCAUUGUAUUUGAUGGAACAGUAUCAAACUAAUGGAACAGAUGUUGUUUUUGGUUCGUUCGACAAACUCUCACUUCGUUGGUCUUCGAAAAGCAAUUUGAAUGUGACCAUAUGGGAAACAUCCUUUAAAAUCUUUCGCGACCAGCCGAUCAUUCUAUUUGAACAAUAUUUUCCUGUUGAUCUCGAUGGAAUGUCCAUGGGUAAUGUGCGCGAUACAUUCAAGCAUGUUUCAACUGCAUUUCCGAGAUUCAAAGUGUCAUUCAAUCAAUCAAAUCAGUAUAUUAUUGAUCAGUUAGGUCACUUCACAUUUCUUGAUGCUUGGGAUUUACAUAUGCGAGGUGUCGGUUUAAAGAAUGUCUACAACGGUGGCCUCUACAGCGGAAAUCCUCUGUUGUUGUAUAAUUUAACAAAAUUAGAUUCAAAUGUUGUCCUAUCAAGUUUAACAAAUUUUAUGAUCAACUUUCAAACACGUUCACCAUCAUUAAACUACCACCUCUCCUGUGGUUUGCAUGGACGUCUCCAUCAAAUCGAUCAGUCACUGUCGUUAUCAACGAUUUUACUAGCGUCACAAUCAAAACAAGGUAUUAAUCGAAUAAUUAACCUCUGGGGUAAAUUGAUGCUGCAAUACUAUGGCAAACAGCAUAUCAAAGAUCAAAAGACGUUUCGUAAUGAUUUUUAUGUAUCGAAAUUAGGUUAUUAUACUGAUACGGGUGCAUAUUAUUGGUACAAUAAGGAAGGAAAUCUAACGUAUGAGCAAACAUUCAUUAAGCUAAAAGAGUAUCAUUUACAAGAGAAGAUUCCAAUUCGAUAUUAUGAGCUAGAUUCCUAUUGGUAUUAUAAACAGAAUAACAACACUGGUGAACAUGGAGGAAUUAAGUUGUACGAGCCACGACCGGAUGUAUUUUCGCAUGGUAUUCAAGUUUUACAACGCGAUGUUUUACAAACACCGAUAAUUGUCCAUCAUAAGUAUUAUUCAACUGAUAAUUUAUAUCAAGCAAAGUAUCUAUUCAAAAACGGCACUGAUGGCAAAGUUUCUUUGCCAUUAGAUCAACGAUUUUUCAAUAAAAUCUUCUCACAAAUCAAACAAUGGGGUGUGGAAAUUCUUAUCCAAGACUGGCUUUCAUCCGUUUAUGAGGAUAUGCCCGAUGCGUCCUAUGAUGUUUACACCGCUCGUGAAUAUCAUUUACAUUUGGCUGAAGCUGCAAAACAAGCUGGAAUAAAACUCAUCUAUUGUAUGCCAUUGAAUCCUGAUAUAUUGGAAACACUGGAAAACACGCAAGUUCAUUAUAUGCGAAUUAGUGAUGAUUAUUCAACGAAUAUUAAUCAAUGGAAUAUCGGUCGAGCAUCGAUGGUAACAUGGGCAAUUGGUGUUAUACCAUUCAAAGAUACAUUUUGGACAAAUUCAAUACAACCACAGUCGCCAUACGGACAGUUCACCGAACCUAAUAUUGAACUGAAUGCACUAGUCGCACUAAUGAGUUUAGGUGGUGUUGCGAUAUCGGAUAAAAUAGGUAACACAGAUUUUCGGGUUGUAAAUCGAUUGUGUCGAUUAGAUGGUGUUCUACUUCGUCCAGAACGACCUGCAACUGCAAUGGACUCGACAUUUUUAGGUAUUGGUGGUCCACAAGGUGAAAUGUGGCAUACAUAUGCGUCUGACGAACGUCAUUCGUUCUUUGUUGAAUAUGUCAUGAUAACCAACUUAACUGAAUCGUACCAAUUCACUUGGAAUGAAUUGUUCAAUACAUUGGAUGGUGACGGUGAACCAAAUCGAGAGAUUUCGGAUAAUUAUGUUGUUUUCGAUAUGAUUGCUCCAAGUAAUUAUUAUUGGCUUUCAUCCGCAAAUACUUCGUCCGUCCGAAUGCCAGAAUGUUCACAGAAUUUAACUACAUUCUAUUCACCAUUUCAUCUCUUCGUAUUCGUUCCUUUUCCCACUCAAUCGAACUGGCUUCUAUUCGGUGAACUGACUAAGCAAUUACCAAUAACAAGACAACGAUUCGCAUUCAUAUCAUACGAAACAAAUCGCCUUGACGUGCAUGUCAUUGGAGUAGCUGGCGAACAAGUAUCGAUCACAGCUGGAAAGAUUGCAUCUAUAGGAGGGAAAAUCGAUAUUUAUACGGUUGAAUGCCCUUUUCCACCAGAAGAAGGUGUAUUAAGAAUGAUGUUAACGUGUCAAACAUCAGCAGGAUGUAGCUGUUCAUCAUAA